ACACAGACGAAAAUUCGUCACACAAAUUCUCUUGUGAAAAUUCAACGAUUUACGCUGGAGCGACUAGGUGCGGAGGAAUAUAGUGACCACGAGGAGCGCUACAAUUGGUUUGACGCAGACGAGAAGUCGCGUCUCUUGCCGAAAAGCAGUCGUAAAUCGAGUGAUUCCGGGCUGCGGCCAAAAAUUAAGCAGCUGUCUCAGCUGUUUAACGUGGAAGAACUGCAUCAAUUGACCCGUGGAGUGCGUCAGUCUGCAUACAAAAAGUUGUCGCCGGAAGAGGUCGAUAAUAUCAAGAACAGAAAACUCAGUCAAUACUCAAAGGCCAUGUCAGCACCAACUGCAGCUUCAGUGAGCGACGCCGCUGCCGCCCUGUCUGGGAACUUGCAGUUGGCCCCACUGCGUACCCUGGACGAUUUCGUGCUCGGAUCGGCGCGUUUCCAGUUGCCCAACCUGAAGGAUUUUGACAAGUGGGGCAAUCGCGUGGUGAAGAACUUGCUCUAUUACCAAACCAACUACAUUCUGCUCUUCCUGGUCAUCUACGCGCUGAUGAUUGUGUGCAAUCCAACCAAGAUAAUCAGUGGCUUGAUUGUGCAGGCCUUGAUCAUCGCCGUCAUUUGGCAAUUCUUCAGCAGCAAAUCGAAGCCCAGCUUCAUUGCAAGCCGUCUGACGGGAGGCAAUGCAAUUGUGGCCGAACAAAACGCUCAACAGAAAUGGUACAUCCUGGCUGGUGCUCUGCUUGGCGGUUAUCUUUUUUUGCACCUGAUUAGCGCCGUGCUGCUGACCGCCUUUACCUUGCUGCUGCCCAUUUCGGUGACUUUCAUACACGCCUCACUGCGUCUACGCAACAUGAAGAAUAAAUUGGCCAACACCAUCGAGAGUUUUGGUCCAUCUACUCCCAUGGGUGCCCUGCUGGAUGCGUUGAACGUACGUGCAGAGGGCGUGAUCAAUUAAGAAACGGUCCAAUAGCUGUUGGCCAUACAGGACCGAGACAUAGAAUCCACGUUUUUACCACUAGUUAUCCCUUGAAUGUUGAACCUUGCAAACAAUGUAUUACCAUAUAAUCGAUUUGAUCUUGAGUUUUGUAUUUAAAUAUGAUUUUAUUACUUGUGUACUUUGCUAUUAUGAUUUUCAAUAAAGUUUUCCCAUAAAUGCGUUCGUUCAUAAGCUCUAA